GGCCUCCGAGGUGCCUCGGGACCGUGCCCGAGCGCUUGUUCCAAAACAAGCAUCUUGCCGCACCAGCGAUCCAGCCCUCCCCGGGUGUAGGUCACGGCAAUCAACCCAGCUGCGAUCCCUGACCCGCUGCUCCCGAUGGGCCCCACCGGGGGCGCGGAGAGGCCGGGGCGCUUCUUCGGCGUCUACCUGCUCUACUGCUUGAAUCCACGGCAUCGGGGUCGCGUCUACGUGGGGUUCACAGUGAACCCUGCUCGUCGGGUCCAGCAGCACAAUGGGGGCCGCAAAAAAGGCGGGGCCUGGCGGACCAGCGGGCGAGGGCCCUGGGAGAUGGUGCUCAUCGUGCACGGCUUCCCAUCCGCCGUGGCUGCCCUUAGGUUCGAGUGGGCCUGGCAGCACUCGCAGGCCUCGCGCCGCCUGGCUCACGUGGGGCCGCGCCUGCGUAACGAGGCGGCCUUCGAUUUCCACCUGCGCGUGCUGGCACACAUGCUGCGUGCGCCGCCCUGGUCGCGACUCCCGCUCACCCUGCGCUGGCUGCGCCCCGACUUCCUCCGUGAUCUUUGCCUGCCGCCGCCACCACACAUGCCAGUGGCCUUCGGGCCUCCGCCGCCUCGGGCCUCAGCCCCAAGACACCACACCGGUCGCUUUGCUGACACUAAGCCUGAGCCGACCCAGGGUGCCACAGAGGCCUCGUGCUGCACCCUGUGCGCCCGCACGCUUCAGGAUGAAGAGGGUCCCUUGUGUUGCCCCCACCCUGGCUGCCCCCUGAAGGCUCAUGUGAUCUGCCUGGCAGAGGAGUUUCUUCAGGAAGAACCAGGACAGCUUCUCCCCCUAGAGGGCCAAUGCCCUAGCUGUGAGAACUCAUUGCUUUGGGGAGACCUGAUCUGGCUGUGCCAGAUGGACACUGAGGAGGAAGAAGAUAACUCAGAAUUAGAAGAGGCACACUGGACAGACAUGCUGGCGACCUGAUAUCAGUGUCCCUAACCCUCAUCCCACUCCUUUUCUGUGACACCCCCAAUGGAUCUGGCCAGUUUUUACUUGAGUACAAUAAAAAGUCUGA